AUGCUGGACUCGUCGGACCAGAUUCCCGUCUGGCUGGACUGCGAUCCGGGCCACGAUGACGUGUUUGCAAUCCUGCUGGCGGCUCACCACCCCCGGAUCAAGCUCCUAGGCAUCUCGACCGUCUUUGGAAAUGCCUCGCUCGAACACACGACGCGCAACGCCGCCUCGGUCCUCACAGCCCUGGGCCGGCACGCCGACGUCCCCCUGCACGUCGGCCUGGCCAAGGCCCUCGAGCGGCCCGCCCUGCACGCGCCCACCGACAUCCACGGCGACUCGGGCCUCGACGGCACCGACCUGCUGCCCGAGCCCGCGUGCCGGCCGUCCGACGUGCCGGCCGUCGACGCCAUGGCCGCCGCCCUCGCCGCCCAGCGCCCCGGCACCGCCUGGGUCGUCGCCACGGGCGCCCUCACAAACGUCGGCGCCCUGUUCCGCGCCCGCCCGGAUCUCGUCGCCCACGUCCGCGGCCUCAGCCUCAUGGGCGGUUCCUUUGGCGGCGGCUUCUCCGACGCGCCCAUGGGCCACGUCGACAACCAGGCCCGCAUCGGAAACGUCACCCCCUACGCAGAGUUCAACAUGCUCGUCGACCCAGAGGCCGCCGCCCACGUCUUCCACAGCCCCGACAUUGCCGCAAAGACGACCGUCGUGCCCCUCGACCUGAGCCACCAGGUCCUCGCCACCGACCGCGUCCGCGAGCUGCUCCUCUACGGCGCCGACGGCCACCGGGCUGGGCCGGGCAAGUCGACGCUGCGCACCAUGCUCGUCGAGCUCCUCUACUUUUUCGCAAAGACGUACUCCGACGUCUUCGGCAUCACCGCCGGCCCGCCGCUGCACGACCCCAUCGCCGUAGCCGCCGUGCUCAUCGGCACCGUUGACGAGAUCCCCUUUUCCGAGUGGGACGCCGCCAGGAGCGAGCAGCCCCAACACAACGAGCGCUUCAACGUUACCGUCGUCACCGACGGCUCCUUCGAAGAGGCCAAGGGCGGCGUCAAGGAGACCGGCCGGACCCUGGCUGAGCCCAUGCCCGCUGGACACCAGGGGGUGCGCAUCCCGAGGAGUAUGGACGUCGACAAGUUUUGGCAGGUCAUCGAGGAGUGUAUCCAGCGAGCCGACGCGGUCAACGAAAAGGCUCGGGAGGAAGCCAGUGCUUGA